AUGAUCACAGUGGGAGAUUUCUACAAGGUGAUGUGUGCGAUGCUUCCAUUGUACUUCGCAAUGCUGGUGGCUUACACCUCUGUCAAGUGGUGGAAGAUUUUCACGGCGGAGCAAUGCGCCGGAAUCAACCGGUUUGUUGCGGUGUUCGCGGUGCCGGUGCUGUCCUUCCACUUCAUUUCUCAAAACAACCCUUUUGAAAUGGACACUAAGUUCAUAUUGGCCGAUACAAUCUCCAAGGCUUUUGUGCUUCUUUCCCUCUCUUUGGGGGCUGUUUUCUUCUCCGGCGGCGGCGGAGGCCGGCUUGAUUGGGUCAUCACUCUCUUUUCUUUAGCUACUUUGCCUAACACUUUGGUUAUGGGGAUCCCUCUUCUCAAUGCUAUGUAUGGCGAUUUCACUCAACCCCUCAUGGUCCAACUCCUCGUUCUUCAAUGCAUCAUUUGGUACACAUUAUUGCUUUUCCUCUUUGAAUAUAGAGCGGCCAUUUUAUUGAUCCAUAACCAAUUCCCUGGUCCUUCCGCCAAGGCUAUAACAAAAUUCGAACUUGACGCCGAUGUAAUUUCUCUCGACGGUCGAGAUAAACUCCUAACGGAAUCCGAGAUCGAUAUUCAAGGUCGAAUUUGCGUUCGAAUUCGGCGAUCGACCUCAUCAGCACCGGACUCUGGUUUAUCGUCGAUUGGAAUUACGCCACGAGCCUCGAAUCUCUCGAAUGCUGAAAUAUUCUCGAUCAACACCCCGGUUCAGCUCCAUGGGCCACUCCGGUCGAACGACAUGUUGUUCGACUUGGGAUCAGGGUAUGGAUCGUCGGAUGCAUACUCGCUACAACCGACACCGAGGGGUUCGAAUUUUAAUGACAUGGAGAUGACGACAACGGCGGGGAACACGCCAACGUGGGGGAGGUCACCAGUGGCAGGGAGUUCAGCUGUGAAGAUGGUGUGGGAGUCGCCGGAGAAUGGUGGAGGAGGAGAGGGACAAGGGUACAAAGCUGUAUUGCCAGUAAAAGAAAUGAGCUUUAGAGACAGCACCAUGACGGCGAUGGGUGAGGAGGUGGAGGCGAAGAGGAGCCAGGAGUUGCCGAAUGCGUUUGUGAUGAUAAGGCUUAUUCUGACGGUGGUGGGGCGGAAGCUGUCCCGUAAUCCAAAUACUUACUCCAGCGUGCUCGGCCUUCUGUGGUCCCUUGCGUCGUUCAAAUGGAAGGUGGCAAUGCCAAGCGUAGUGGUGUACUCGAUAAAGAUAAUCUCGGAUGCUGGAUUGGGGAUGGCGAUGUUCAGCUUAGGGCUGUUUAUGGCAUUGCAGCCGAGGAUCAUAGGAUGUGGGGGAAAGAGGGCGUGCAUAGGGAUGGGGAUCAGAUUCAUUUGCGGACCCAUAGCGAUGUCCGCUGCUUCACUCGGUGUUGGCCUAAGAGGUGUUAAGUUACACGUUGCCAUUGUUCAGGCAGCUCUUCCACAAGGAAUUGUGCCAUUCGUGUUUGCCCGGGAAUAUGGGCUGCAUCCAGACAUUCUCAGUACUGGGGUUAUUUUCGGAAUGCUGGUGUCUUUACCAAUAACCCUCCUUUAUUACAUUGUAUUGGGCCUUUGAACCAACAAAAAAAGGAGAGAAUCCAAAGCAUUGAAAUCCUUCAUCAACGUGACAAAAACAAAAUCAUAAGUCGCCUUUCAUGUCGGAUCAACACAAUCAUGUUCAAUGCCGACAAUAGGUGUUGUGUUAUGUUGUGUUGUGCUG